AAAUAAGCGAAAAUGCCGAACGCUUGGAAUAAUAUUUUGGAGAUUGUUCUACUCAAAUUACGCAGCUCAAAGCAACUGUCUCGCGUAAAGGACUACUCGAAGCAAGUGCUGACCAAUAGGUUUUUGAUAAAACCAGAUCUUGGCGAUACUCUCAAAUCUUCUCUGGCGAGAAUGGCUGUGGCAAUGUUUUUCUCGCACCACAAACAACCGCGUCGUUUAACUUGCACAGCAAAAGCUGAGAAGCAGGCUAACAAGUUACCGAAGUUAGAGCGAAAGGAGUCAAAGCACUGGUACCCAGAUCCAGAAUAUAUGAAACAAUUCGAAGGCUGCGUUAUAGACGACAAAGAUACAUCACGCUUCGAUCGCUGGUCCGGCAAAAUACCCCCACAAAUAGAUCGCUCUUUUCGUUCUAAGUUUAUUAACUUUGGACCGGCCCAUCCAGCUGCACACGGCGUCUUACGCAUGGUUUUGCAACUUGAUAAUGAGACCGUUCUAUCUGCCGAUCCACACAUUGGCCUGUUGCAUCGCGGUACGGAGAAGCUAAUUGAGAAUAAAAUGUACAUGCAGGGCCUACCAUACUUCGAUCGUCUCGAUUAUGUGUCAUGCAUGUCGAAUGAACUCUGCUAUUGCUUGGCCAUCGAGAAACUGUUGGGGCUGCAAGUGCCCAAACGUGCGCAAUACAUACGCACAAUGUUUUCGGAGAUCAUGCGUUUAACCAAUCACACAGUCGCUUGCGCCACUGCUGUGUUAGAUUGUGGUGGCAUUACACCACUCUUCUGGAUGUUCGAAGAACGUGAGAAGUUGUAUGAGUUCUGUGAGCGCGCCUCGGGUGCACGCAUGCAUGCCGCAUAUAUACGACCGGGCGGUGUGGCAUACGAUUUGCCACUCGGAUUCUGUGAUGACCUCUUCGACUUCAUUUGCCGCUUUCGACAUCGCAUUGAUGAAUUUGAGGACCUCGUUACAGACAAUCGCAUUUGGCGUAUGCGUAAUAUCGGCAUUGGGCGCAUAACGGCGCAUGAGGCAAUGAAUUAUGGUUGCUCCGGCGCGGUUUUGCGUGCUACUGGCGUAAAGUGGGAUCUGCGCAAGACGCAACCAUAUGAUGCUUAUCCGGAAAUCGACUUUGAGGUGCCAGUUGGCGUUAACGGCGACUGUUAUGAUCGUUACUUGUGUCGUAUACGUGAAAUGCGCGAAGCAUGUAAUAUAAUCAAUCAAUGUCUCAAUAAGCUGCCCGCAGGUGAAAUCAAAGCGGACGAUCAUAAAGUGUGUCCGCCGAGGAGAAGAAUCAUGAAGAGAGGCAUGGAGGAGCUAAUACAUCAUUUCAAAUAUUAUACACAAGGAUUUGCAGUGCCACCAGGCGAAACUUAUACAGCUGUGGAAUCACCAAAAGGCGAGUUUGGUGUCUAUCUGGUAUCGGAUGGCACUUCAAAGCCAUAUCGUUGUAAAAUUCGUGCAGCAAGUUAUCCACAUUUGGCUCUAAUGAAUAAACUAACCUAUAAGCACUUUUUAGCCGAUGCAGUGGCCAUUAUUGGUUCAUUAGAUAUAGUGUUUGGUGAAAUCGAUCGUUAGAGACUUGAUGUAAAGUAAACACAGAAGCCG